AUGGCAACAUUGAAUAGACAAGCACCUGUACCGAAGGCCUUCCCUUUCGUUCCCUGGGUAUCGCCUUCCAGCAACUCUGGGGACUCUCAGAAGGAACAGAGUCGCAGGCUUGUGCGUUCACAUGCGGCGCGACGACGGGCUUGUUACCACGGUGAUACAUUCAAUUCCAUGAAACAUGUCCCGCAUGGCUCUGAGGGGCUCCUCCGAGACGCGAAUGGUUCUGCAGCAUAUCUACCACCCGGACAUUCUCUAUACCAUGACAGAGAAGCCCAGGAGGAUGUUGAGGAGAACGCGCAGCCUCGCCAGUUUACCACAGGCGAAGCCAACGAGAUCAUCCCAUAUGUAGACACAGUUCAGCCUCUAGACCUUGAGUAUGUCGCAACUCAAGGUCUGGAUCCCUUCAGGACAUCCCCACUUGGCAAUCUGCCGCCAGACGUUCUGGAGGAGUGCCUUCAUUACAGUGUAUCUGUGCUGUGGCCCAAUCUUAUUCCUGGAAUCAGGGAGAAUGGUGCAAUGCAAUCCUGGUCGCACUUCUACAUGGUGGAGGAAGCCCCCUGCUUUGCCCUCUCCCUUGGCGCGCUGUGCCAUAAACAGUCCAACAGUUCAGACGGACAUGGCCCUCAACGCUCACAGCUGUUAAAACGAAGACUUCUAUACGUUGAGAUGGAAUCAGCCAGGGCUCUAAAUGAAGCUUUGAAGAGCCCUGACAGGCCCAUCAGCGACUCAUUGAUACUGAGUGCCCUUUGUAUGGCAAACAACAGCGCAGGAGAGCCUAUUCCACCAAACAAAAAUAAGUCUCCAUUUAGAGCUCCUCUUCGUGACUUGCAGUGGCUCAAUAUCUACGCGAUGAACACAUCGAACGCUGCCCACCAGGCUGGCCUUUGCCACCUCAUUCAGCUGAGAGGAGGUCUCGACAGCAUCGAACUCCCUGGUCUUGCUGCCAUCUUAUCCUACUCUGAUAUCCUAGCUGCGAGCAAAUCGCUCUCUCGACCUCGAUUCCCCUUCUUCUCACUGCAAGGUAACCGCACAUUUACAACGGACGAAACAUCCGACCUGGCCACCGGAAGCGCCCAUAUCGAAAGCCGCGAGCUUGGGUUCUCUUCUGAGCUAAGCCAGCUCUUCCACGCCAUCAAUUCCUACGUACAAGUUCUCGAGGCAAUAGAAAAACGGAAAGUUACGGUAGACCUCUCGAAAAUCGCCGAUCAGCGAAAUUUCAUACAGCAUUCCGUUCUCAGUCUUCCGCCUGGGUCCCAGAUUGUAGGGUCCUAUCUCGAGGGCCUGCUAUUGUACGAUACAUGCCGCAUCGCCGCACUGAUAUUCUGCCUCGGCGUGGUUUUCCCCCUCCCAUACCAGACAUCCCCCUUACCUGUAUUGGCGGUGGCGCUGAAACAGGAACUGGAGAAGGCCUGGCCGCUGGUCGAAUCACGUCGUGAAAAUGAGGCAUUGCUUUGGGCUGUUGUAAUGGGUGGUAUAGCUGCAAAAGCUACACAGGAAAGACCCUGGUUCGUGGCCGAGCUGCGCAAUAUAGCUAGGAAGAAUUCUGUCCCUGGAUGGAGUGAGCUGAAAGUUAUUGUCAAGCGCAUCCUCUGGCUUGAUACUGCUUGCGACCAGGCAGGACGAGAGUUGUGGGAUGAAGCUCAAAUUUGA